UUCAAAUUCUUUUUUAUUAUAAAAGUUAAACUUACAAAUGUCAAAUUCUAUUCACAUGUCAAAUAAUUUAACACCCCAGCUACCUACACAAACCACCACCACCAUAAUCCCUAUAGCCCUGAAUAAAACGACAACCCCCACCACCGUUUUCACCUCCUCCUUUUGUCCUCUACUCAUUGUCUCCGGCAUCACAUUUUGAAUAAAUCAUCUCUUCACCCUUCCCUCCUUUCACAUUUUCAUUUCGUAACAGGUCUUUUCGUGUUUAACAGGUCUUAUCGUGUCUUAAACAGAAUUCUCCAACGGUUUCAAUGGAGGUUGUUGCAAAGACGGAGAUCCGGCACGUGUCUCGGAAAUGGAAGGAUCAGAUUCAACGCAGUCCAGAACGUACAAAGGUCUGGAUGGAGCCUAACAAACACCGUAGAGUCGCCGUUGUUUACUACCUCAGCCGCAACGGCCAGCUUGAGCAUCCGCAUUUUGUUGAGGUUUCUCUCUCCUGUUCUGACGGACUGUAUCUUCGAGAUGUAAUCGAUCGUUUAAAUUCUCUUCGAGGAAAAGGAAUGGCGUCAAUGUACUCGUGGUCUUCUAAACGGAGUUAUAAAAACGGAUUCGUAUGGCACGAUUUAUCGGAGAAUGAUUUCAUAUAUCCGGCUCACGGCAAUGAGUACAUUCUGAAAGGAUCGGAGCUCUUUGACGCCGGUAACAAAUUCGAUGAAUCUCCGCCAUCGGUCACGAAGAAAUCAUCGUCUUCCGAGACUGUAAAAUCGGUUGACGAGUACGAAUUAUCUAUCGAUAGGAGUAGAAGGAAUCAAUCAUGGAGUGCAAUUGAUCUACACGAGUACAAAGUAUUUUCCGGCGAGUGCUCUAGCGCUCGAAUCGCAGCCAACGCCUCGACUCAAACAGAGAGUAACAACGAAGUUGAAAGCGACAACGAGAUUUCCGAGCUAAGCAGAACCGAGAUUUCACCGCCGCCGUCCGAUUCAAGCACCGAGACGUUAGAGUCGUUGAUGAAAUCUGAUGGUAAGCCAAUCCCACGGCCAGAAACAGACGUUGAACAUGGACACGAACACGAACAUGUUAACAUUAAUCCAACGGCUGGAAGUAAACUGAAAGCAUCUUCAGUGCUAAUGCAGCUGAUCUCGUGCGGUUCGAUAUCCUUUCGGAGUUGUGGACCGGGUAAAGAAAACCCGGGUUUUUCUUUGGUUACAAAGUGCAAGCCUAAGAUGCUGACACGUGGAGAGGGGGUGGAUGAUCGUGUGGAGAAGGGUGCAGGGGAAGAAGAAAGUGAAGAUACAGGUGAAAACGGUGUAGUGUUGGGGAGAGGUAAAAAGGUUAUUGUUACGGAGGAUAAAGAAUAUUUCAGUGGGAGCUUAAUAGAGACAAAAAAGGACGAAUUUCCAGCACUGAAACGAUCGAAUUCGUAUAAUGCAAAUGGUUAAAAUUAUUAUUAUUAUUAUUUUUACCAAUGUUUAUUAUUUGUAUUGUUUUAAGGUUUUCUUGUAAUUUAGUGUGACUUUUACUUUCACUAGCAGUUUCAGUUA